CCUUCCCAAAAGACUUUCAGGACGAAGCGCAUCCUCGCGAAGGCCGCCCGCCAGAACCGGCCCAUUCCUCAAUGGUUCCGCUUGAAGUCGGACACGAAGAUCCAGUACAACGCGAAGCGCCGUCACUGGAGACGCACGAAGCUUAACAUCUAAGCUCUCUUCUGCGCUUCAUUCUCUAUACUUGACUUCCCGUGGGACGGGGAGCAGGAAGGUUCUUCCUACGGUCCUCCAUCACGCACCAGCAAUACGCACCAUGUAUUCCCUCCAUAUCGGCCUAUGAUUGCCUUGCUAAAAUAUUUGCAUGCGCCAUGAAG